GCAGUAAUUUGAAGAGGUGUGGCUGACCUUUUGUAAUGUGAUGUUUUUUCUUUCUUUCCCCCUCCUCCCCCAGGAUACCUUUGUUCCCUUUAAAGAAAUUGUGCUGAUGUAUUUAGAAAAAGCCAGGAACAUCGUGAAUGGACAGUUUGCUGGGAUUGAACCUUGGCAACUGAUUGGCUCAACAUUUGCUUCUACUCUGGUGGUGGUGUGGCUGCAUGGUAUCCUCUUCCAAUCAGAGAGUUUAACAUCACGAAGCAAAAAAUGGUUCUUCAAAGCUCUAAGAAAAAUGCCUUUUGUUGGUACAAUAAUACAAAAGCAGUUUAACAAGGCCUUGGAUGACGUAGCCUCUGGUUUGCCAUUCCUGAAGGAAGGAAAAGGUUAUAUCAAAGCAUUGCCAGCACAAGGCCUGAGCCAACCGGCCGUACUCGAGAAGAUGAAAGAGUACAGCUCUAUGGCUGACGUACAUUGGGAGGAUGGGAAAGUUUCUGGGACAGUAUACAGUGGGGAAGAGAAGCUCACUCACUUGCUAGUGAAGGUUUAUGAGGAGUUUGCAUGGAGUAAUCCUCUUCAUCCAGAUAUAUUCCCAGGCUUGAGGAAGAUGGAAGCAGAGGUGGUGAGGAUUGCCUGCACGCUCUUUAAUGGGGGACCUGAUUCCUGUGGUGCAAUGACCUCUGGUGGGACUGAGAGCAUUCUGAUGGCCUGUAAAGCCUACAGGGAUCUGGCCUAUGAGAGAGGAAUCAAGCAUCCAGAAAUGUAUGUAGCUACCUCCAUGGCUUGUGCUUUUUUUUUUCUUCCAAAAAAAUGUGUGAUUUUUAUUGCUCCCAAAAAAUGAUAAUCCCUCUGCUCU